AUGACCAACCUCGGAGGCAUGCUGUAUGCAGUGAUCCUGCUUGUUUUGUGCACUGGCUAUGUGGAUGUCACGAGGGGACAGAAAACUGACCCUACUGAAGUGAACGCUCUCAAGGCAAUCAAAGGCAGUCUGGUUGAUCCUUCUAAUAAGCUUAAGAAUUGGGGCAGUGGGGAUCCAUGCACAUCCAAUUGGACAGGAAUCAUCUGUAACAAGAUACCAAGCGAUUCAUAUCUUCAUGUAACAGAGAUACAGUUGUUUAAGAUGAAUCUUUCUGGAACUUUGGCACCAGAGAUUGGUCUCCUAUCCCAGUUGAAACAAUUGGACUUCAUGUGGAACAAUUUAACUGGUAACAUCCCAAAAGAAGUUGGAAAUAUCACAACACUGAAGCUCAUAACUUUGAAUGGUAACCAGUUAUCUGGUUCUUUGCCUGAGGAGAUCGGUUAUCUGAAGAACUUAAACAGAUUACAAAUAGACGAGAACAACAUAUCAGGCCCCAUACCUAAAUCAUUUGCUAACUUAACAAGCAUUAAACAUCUUCACAUGAAUAAUAACUCAUUAAGUGGGCAAAUCCCAUCUGAGUUGUCCAGCUUGCCUGCACUCCUUCAUCUCCUUGUUGAUAACAAUAAUUUAUCUGGGCCUCUUCCACCAGAAUUAGCAGAUACACGUAGUUUGGAAAUACUUCAGGCUGAUAAUAACAACUUCAGUGGAAACUCCAUCCCUGCUGAAUACAGCAACAUACGAACACUUCUAAAGCUGAGUCUAAGGAACUGCAGUUUGCAAGGAGCUGUUCCAGAUUUGAGUGCCAUACCUAAAUUUGGCUACUUGGAUCUUAGCUGGAACCAGUUGAACGGAUCUAUACCGACUAAUAGGCUUGCUUCAAAUAUCACUACAAUUGAUUUAUCACAUAACUUUCUUCAAGGAACUAUUCCAUCAACCUUCUCAGGGCUACCUGAUCUUCAGUUCUUGUCAGUCAAUGGGAACCUCAUAAACGGUUCUGUUCCACCGACAAUUUGGAGUAACAUUACUUUUACGGGAAAUAGAACCCUUGUUCUAGACUUCCAAAAUAACUCCUUUGACGCUAUUCCAUAUGCAUUUGAGCCUCCAGAAGCUGUCACGGUUCUACUUUAUGGAAACCCUGUAUGUACGACAUCUAAUGCAGCACGAGCAGCUAAUCUUUGCCAACCUACUUCUGUAACUGAUGAAGCACCAUCUGGAGAGGGAAGGCAAGUUAGUACGACGUGUACUCCUUGCCCAACAGAUCAUGAAUACAAUCCAGCAUCCCCUAUACCUUGCUUAUGUGCUGUGCCUCUGGGAGUUGGAUUUCGACUAAAGAGUCCAGCAAUAUCAGACUUCCUACCCUAUAAAGAAGCCUUUGAGAACGACUUAACCUCUCUGCUGGAAUUGCGUGUUUAUCAGCUGUACAUUGAACGGUAUAUAAGGGAGCCUGGACCAAGGCUGAAUACGCAUUUAAAGUUAUUUCCAAAUAAUACGAAUUUAUUCAAUAUGGCUGAGGUGCUGCGGCUCAGGGAAGUACUUGCUGGAUGGCAGAUCACUCUAAAAGAUGAGUUUGGUCCAUAUGAGCUUCUCAAUUUCACACUUGGUCCCUAUGCAGAUGAACUUCCUACUACGGUGUCAUCAGGUUUAAAAGGUGGUGCACUUGCUGGGAUUUUGGUAGGGACAAUUGUUGCUGCCAUUGCAGUAUCUGUGUUUUCUACAAUUUUUAUAAUGAAAAGGCGCAGAAAACAACGGACAAUUUCAAGACGGUCAUUACUUUCAAGGUUUUCUGUCAAGGUUGAUGGCGUGAAAUGCUUCACAUUUGACGAAAUGGCUGCGGCAACAAGGGAUUUUGAUAUUUCAGCUCAAGUUGGUCAAGGAGGUUAUGGAAAAGUUUACAGAGGAAAUUUAGCUGAUGGAACAGCUGUGGCAAUCAAACGUGCACAUGAAGAUUCUCUGCAAGGUUCAAAGGAGUUCUGCACAGAAAUAGAAUUGUUGUCAAGAUUACAUCAUCGUAAUUUGGUUUCUCUUGUUGGCUAUUGUGAUGAAGAAGACGAGCAGAUGCUGGUGUAUGAGUUCAUGCCCAAUGGUACCCUACGUGAUCAUCUUUCUGCUAAGAUUGAAAGACCUCUGAGCUUUGGUCAGAGGGUCAAUAUUGCGCUUGGUGCUGCAAAAGGAAUUCUAUAUCUACAUACCGAGGCAAAUCCUCCUAUAUUUCACCGUGACGUUAAGGCCAGCAAUAUUCUUCUAGAUUCCAAGUUUGUAGCAAAGGUGGCUGACUUUGGUCUUUCGAGGCUUGCUCCAGUGCCUGAUAUUGAAGGGACUUUGCCAGCUCAUAUCUCCACCGUUGUUAAGGGCACCCCAGGCUAUCUCGAUCCAGAAUAUUUCCUGACUCAUAAACUGACGGAAAGAAGUGACGUGUAUAGCUUAGGUGUUGUUUUUCUUGAACUAUUGACUGGAAUGAAGCCAAUCCAGCAUGGUAAAAACAUUGUUAGAGAGGUAAACAUAGCUUACCAGUCAGGUGACGUUUCCGGGAUCAUUGACAGCCGGAUGUCCUCAUACCCUCCGGAAUGCGUGAAGAGGUUCCUCUCCCUCGCAAUAAGGUGCUGCCGGGACGAGACCGAAGCGAGGCCCUACAUGGCCGACAUUGUCAGAGAGCUCGAGACCAUCCGGAGCAUGCUGCCCGAGGGAGAGGACGUGCUGUCCUCGACCUCGGGAUCGGGCUUGCUGACGAAGUCCAUGUCAUCGUCCUCGAACACCACCACCGGGGCCCUCUAUGUGUCGUCGCAUAUUUCCGGCAGUGGUCAGGCGGACAGUGGCAUCCCCUCCGGGAUGGUGGCUCCUCGGUAG